ACAGGCGCCACACAUACAGAAUCAUGGUCACGUGAACAGGCACACAGCUGACAGCGGGGAUGUCAGCUGUGUUGCUAUUUUCUCCAUCUUUCCCCUCAGCGCGCACGCACGUCCCCCCUCACGUGUCUGCUGCGCUGCGUCGGGACUGCGCCUGGCGCUCCGAGUCCGAAUCCGAGCAGCGGGCCGAGCUGAGCCGGGUCGGGACCGGACAUGUCCCUGCAGCUCCCUCCAUGCGUGAUAGACUGCGGGACUGGAUACACAAAGGCAUUGCCAUUAAGGAGUCGGCCAGUGUGGGGGAGCAGGCGCAGAGAAGGGUCACUCGGGGAGUGGACGACCUUGACUUUUACAUCGGGGACGAAGCUGUCGACAAACCCAACUAUGCAACCAAAUGGCCUAUCCGGCAUGGGAUGGUGGAAGACUGGGAUCUGAUGGAGAAGUUCCUGGAGCAAGUCAUCUUUAAGUACCUGCGUGCCGAACCCGAAGACCACAGCUUCCUCAUGACCGAGCCCCCUCUCAACACGCCAGAGAACAGAGAGUAUCUGGCAGAGAUCAUGUUUGAGACCUUCAACAUACCAGGACUCUACAUUGCAGUUCAGGCAGUGCUGGCGUUGGCGGCAUCUUGGACGUCCCGGCAAGUGGGGCAGAGGACUUUGACAGGCAUCGUGAUCGACAGUGGAGAUGGCGUCACGCACGCCAUCCCUGUGGCAGAGGGCUACGUGAUUGGCAGCUGUAUUAAACACAUCCCCAUAGCAGGGCGGGACAUCACCUUCUUUAUCCAGCAGCUGCUCAGAGACAGAGAGGUGGGAAUUCCUCCAGAGCAGUCAAUGGAGACCGCUAAGGCAGUCAAGGAGCGCUACUGUUACAUCUGUCCGGACAUAGUGAAGGAGUUCACAAAGUACGACUCUGAUCCAGGAAAGUGGAUCAAACUGUACAGAGGAGUUAACACCCUCACCAACUCUGCCUUCCACAUUGACGUCGGCUAUGAGCGCUUCCUCGGCCCUGAAAUUUUCUUCCACCCUGAGUUUGCUAACCCUGACUUCACACAGCCCAUCUCUGAUGUUGUGGACGAGGUCAUCCAGAGCUGUCCAAUCGACGUGAGAAGGCCGCUCUACAAGAACAUCGUACUCUCUGGUGGCUCCACCAUGUUCAGGGACUUUGGACGUCGGUUGCAGAGAGACCUGAAGAGAGUGGUGGACGCCAGGUUGAGGCUGAGCGAGGAGCUGAGUGGAGGACGGAUAAAGCCAAAGCCAAUGGAGGUUCAGGUGGUCUCUCAUCACAUGCAAAGAUACGCUGUUUGGUUUGGAGGGUCCAUGCUGGCGUCCACGUCGGAGUUCCCUCAGGUGUGUCACUCCAAGAAGGACUACGAUGAAGUGGGCCCGAGCAUCUGUCGACACAACCCCGUGUUUGGCAUCAUGUCCUGACGACGGCGUCAGCUACACCGCACUGACCCGUUAGCAUGCUAGCCUGUUGCUCAGCUAAAGUCAAAGCCAGUAACCUGUUAGCUCCUUAGUUUAGCCUGUUACAGUGAAGCAUGAGAUUCAGAGGAAAGCCAAGCAUACAGAGUUUUAUUUUGUUAAAAUAGUUUUGUUUAGAAAGACUAGCGCAUGGGUGAGCAGCUGCUUUACUUAUGUCCAUCAAGCAACACCACAGCUGCAGCUUCUGUUUUUGCUUGUACGUGGUUCUGUGGUUUAGGGGCCCCUUUCACCUAAGAGACGUAAGCUUGAGCACAAAGCCUAUAUCCAAAAUAGAAUAACAUGUGGGCAGAGGACAGAAACAUGCAACCAGGCAGACAUUGCUGCUUCAGUAAACUCAGAAUAACGAGAAAACAGUUCAUAUUUUUUACAUACAUUAAUCACACUCCCAUCAAAACAAAAGCACAGUUUUAGUAACUUUAAAUAGAAAAAGCUCUGAAAAAAGUACGAUGAUGUUUACUGUCGAUGAUAACAUUGCAGGUGCUCUAUGAUCAAAUCCAGUGGUCAAAACGAAAUCUGAAAAUAAAAACAAAAGCAAAGAAAUUUAAAAGUUAAAAGACUUAAAUAACAUCUUAGACUAAGAGUUUAUUUAUGAAAAAGAACAUUCAUAAAUGGUUCUACUGCGAAGGACUGGCGAACUGUGUAGGGUGAACCCCCAUCUAGAGCCCCCAAACCCCCAAAAAAGAUUAAUGCGUUUGGAUGGAUUGAAAUCUAUAAUUGGGACAUUAUUUUUGAUUUUAAAUAUUCCAAAAUGAGGUGCAUUUUAUUUGUGUUAAUGUUAAAAAGUUUUAAACUAAUUUGGUCUGCAUUUUUUAUACCGAAACUAUUCAAAAUAAAUCCAGGUGAGGAUUUUCCAUUUUAGUCAAUAAUAACUUGAGUUUUCUGACAGUGAGAACUCUCAGCUUCACAUGGGGACAAUGUGAGCCGCAAAUCUGACAGAGCCUAUUUGUACACUGAUCAAUAUCAGUUUAUGGCUUAUCUGAAUUGUAUCAACCUAUUCGAUGUACUGUAAAUGCAAAAAAGGAUUUCUAUGCUUAGAGUACUUUACAAAAUCUAUUUUUUAGAUUCUAACAUAUACCAGUCAUUAAAUCUGUCUUGAUGUUUGUGAGAACACAGAUAAUUUUAACACAGGACUUUCAGAGUAAAUAACAUAAUUUUUCUCAUUUAAAACAGUGCAGAAAAAAUAUCAGAACAUUUACACCCAGCUAUGUUGAAAGACUUGCUCAAGGUUUGGAUCAUUUAAAAAAAUCAGGAUUCGUGUUCCAAUAAUAGAUUGAUCCCAGUGAUGAAGUGAAUAAAAUGACAUUUUCUUUAGAAGCAACAAUUCUAUACAAACAACUGCAGAAAUAUUUUUACUCUACAAUCACAUUAUAUCUUGUGAAGAAACUUUUGUCAUUUUGUUUUAUAAACUCUCAUCUAAAUAUUAAUUUGCUUUGAUCAUCAUUGUGAACUGUGUGAACACGAAAGUGAAACUGUGAAUCUGACGGAUCCUGCAGACUCUCAUGACGAGCAGCCAAAAGUGCGCUCAGGUAAGCCUGCUCCAAAAUAGGUUGAAUUCACAAAUAAAGUACUGGUAACCAGAGCAGUAAACACCGACUAGAACAUAUACAUAUUUAUAAAACAGUUCUGCAUUUUCACUUAGCCCACUUCUUGAGAUCAUUUGAGGUACUGAUUGUAGUCCUGCUGAUCACAGGAAUGCAUGUGUCACUGUUUUGAUGUAGCAUUUUACAGAGGGGUAGUCCAGAAAGCAGAUUAUGUGAGUUAGCUCGAUAAGUUUGAGGCUUUCAGUUCCAAAAACUGAGGUAUGUUUCAGGGUAUGUCAAGUUGUCAUAGCAACUCAUGCUCUGAACAUAAUCUGGUCUGGCGCAGGUUUAGUUUAAGAUGAGUUGGUUUCAGACUGGUGAUGGAGCAUGGCCUGCCCAUUUGAAGAUUAUUUAGGGGACAAAGAAGCUCAGAUAAUACAGUCCUUUCGGCCUCGAGAGGAGAUUGUUAUAUAUAAUUGGAGACUGCGGAAAUCGACAAUCCAUUGAAAAUCCAUUGAAAAUUGUACUUGCUGUGCACGCGCAUUAAUUCAGGGUUACAGAGAGGAGGUUUAUUAAGCAAACUCAUAACCGGUGUUUUGGAACCGACAUACCCAGAGUAAGCAAGUUUAGGCUGACUUGCGCAAGAGUUCAGGGUUAAAGUCAGGGUAGAGUAAUCUUGCUUUCUGGAAUACCUCCCAGUUGUUGUUUGCAUGGCUCUGCAAGAACACCACUGGCCACUAGGUUGCACCACAUCUCAUUCUCAUACUAGAGGUCGCUGUGGACACAGCAGGUGACACCAGCACGUCAUUUUGAUAGGAAUUCAGGAUCCUCUGUGACCUGAACCCCCUUGACAGCAACCCAGACGGCUGGUUUUUGAUGUGAAGGAACAUUUUAAGCACAGAAACUUCCACCCUAAGCUGACUGCACAUUUGGUUUCCUUCUGAAGAGCUCACUGGUGUCUGACUCCUGUCAAUAUUAAAGCAGCUUCUGUAAAAA